AUGGCUCCUCUCGUCCCGAUCUUCUCCGCCGAGGCCCUCCCCGACCAUGUCAGUAUCGUGCGCAAAAACUUCCAAGAGCGACGUCGCAAGGGCGGUCCCGUCGAGCUGGAGAAAUGCAAACUCCUGGAAAUGGUGCAGUACUCGUGUAAUCCGCCACAGGAUGGGAUCCCUGCGCCGGGCGUGGUGGUCUGCAAGCCCGUCGUGCGGUUGUUCAGACGGUGUGCCAAUGGGUUGACCGUGGAGACGACCGCGUGGGAGCCGAUCAGAUUGGAGCAAGAAGCGAAGCGCAAGGCUGCAGAGAGCACCUCGAAUGUGGACAACAAAUGA